AUGGAGAAGGACUGGAUGCCUCCUAAGUCCCGACCGGAAGACCAGAAGGUCGGCCUUAUCAGCUGGGCUGGCACCUAUCUAACAGCUGAGAACUAUGGAAAUAAAAUCACUGCUGUAGCUAAAGGCUUAGGCAGGAGACAGACCUGGGAAUUAAAAGUAUGCAAUGAACAGGAUGAGGAUUGUCAGGCCGUGGUGCGCCUACAGAGCAUCUACGGCCACAUCUUGCUGCCAGAGGGAGAUGGCUCAGUCUAUUGUGGGUGUCCCCGGAAUGCACAGCACGGCUACUUCUUGCUUCGUUUCCACCGCCAUGGCAAGUGGACCCUGCAGUGCAUGAUCACUGGCCACUAUCUGGAGUCUGAUGGUGAGGAUGUGUUCUGCAACUCGAGGGUGCUCUCUGCCUACCACAUGUGGGCCCCACGGCCAGCCUUGCAUGUCCACGUGAUGCUCUACAGCCCAAUUACCUGCUGCUAUGUCCGGGCCAGCCCCGAGCAGGGUUGCGUCUGGGUGGACACACCUGUUCCUUACUUAGAGGAGUGUGGCUUCCUGCUGCACUUCCAUGAAGGGCUCUACCACCUCGAGUCUUCUUCCCACCACUUCCUGUCCCAAAAUGACAGGCUGGUCAACAGGCCCUCACCACAAACAGCCUUUCACCUUCAGCUCCGGCCCGGUGGGCAGAUAGCCUUGGGCGAUGGGGAGGGAUGCCUCCUGUACCCACAGGGCUCCCAUGCCCUCCUGGCUCUGGGCUCCAGCCCCAUGGGGGGAGAGGAGUGGUUUGUACUACAGCACUGCACAGCCUGGAUCGCUAUCAAAGCUAAGAAUCGGAAAUUCAUCACCAUCGUUUCGGAUUUGGAAGUCUGUGCUAUAUCUGAGCGGAUGACCCCUAUGUCCUUCUUCCAGUAUAAGAGUAAUCCAAAUACUAAUGCUGUUCAGCUCCGUUCAGUUACCGGUCGAUAUUUAGCACAGAGGUCACAUAGGGCAGUAGUGGGAGAUGGGCAAAAACAAGAGCCCAGAGCCAUUUUCUGUGUGAACUGGAACUGUGGCAAGAUUGUUCUGCAGGCUGCUAAUGGACGCUAUGUGGGUAUCACAUCCAACGGGUUCUUAAUAGCCAGUUCCUUGCAUCCAGGCCCCUGUGAAGAAUUUAGGAUCCGCUUAAUCAAUCGACCCUUCUUGGCAUUGCGAGGUCGCUAUGGCUAUGUGGGUACAUCAUCAGAACAUGACCAAAUGCAGUGCAACAUGGACCAGCCAGACUGCAUCCAGCUACUGCCCUGCCGCCAAAGCAUUUACCAUUUCCAGGCACAGAGUGGCACCUUCUGGUCCCUGACAGCCUAUGGCACCUUCCAUCCCUGGGGAAAGUUUGCUCUCAACUUCUGCCUAGAACUACGAGGCAGCAACCUACUAGCUGUGUUGGCCCCCAAUGGCUACUAUAUACGGGCUGACAGCAGUGGUGUAUUGCUGGCUGACAGCGAGGCCAUUACCAAUGAAUGUCUCUGGGAGUUUUAG